AAGAAAAAGCUGAUGCUCGUCUGAAUCGCUUUAGCCCCUCGAUUUAUAAAAAUCAAAGCACAUUAUUGUGUCUGGCUCUGAGGAUUUAAACCCCUGAGGAGAACAACUUGGAUUUGGCGCGCGUCAACAUGCUGGUGACGGAUGGUGCGUCCUCCAUGGUGGGCAGGGAUCAGGGGCUGGCCGUGAGGAUGGCAGCCAUGGCUCCGCAGCUGCGUGAGGACAUGAAAACCGAGACAUCCACGGAUGGAGAGACCUCAGAAGCCUGUGUGAAGAAAGAGGAGACGCUGGAGCUGAAAAUCUACAACUAUGGAGACGAUCUCGACAGCCCACCUGAAGGUCUCUCCGUUAAAGUGGAAGAUCCUGACAAUAAAGACCAUUUCUACUGUGAAGUUUGCAAAUCCUUCUUCCUCAACAAAUGUGAGGUUCAUGGACCACCCCUCUUCAUCCCAGAUACUCCUGUUCCCAUGGGAGUCCCUGACCGAGCCAGACAAACUCUUCCUCCUGGGCUAGAAAUCCAGAAGUCCAGUAUUCCUGAUGCAGGCCUGGGAGUGUUUAAUAAGGGGGAGACUGUUCCAGUAGGUGCACACUUCGGACCCUGCCAGGGAGAGCUGGUGAACAGAGAAGAAGCCAGGAACAGUGGAGACUCCUCGGUUAGUCCCAAGCAGGAGAACUGACAGCAUCCAUACAUCCCAGUUUACCAAAACACUCCAUCUGAGGACCCUCCAGAUCUACUCCUUUCCCUCAUAAACACUCUUAACAAAAGGCUUGGCUAAACAGAUAUGCUUUCAGCCUAGACUUAAACAUUGAGACUGUUUCUGAUUCCCGAACAUUACUUGGAAGUCUGUUCCAUAACUGUGGGGCUUUGUAAGAAAAGGCUCUGCCCCCUGAUGUAGCCUUC